CCUCUGGGUUCAGCCACUGGUGAAGAGAUGGAAGGUCAACCAUCUUCCUCAGGCUCAAACGCACAGAACCGAGGUGGAAAUAUCAUUGAUCCAGGGAAAAGUAGACCCAUCAGGAGUAAAUCCACACCAGUGAAACAAGAUCACUCUCCUGAUGGACCACUUACCAAUGGUGAUGGCAGAGAACCUCGGACAGGAGUCAAGAGGAAGUUAAUAAGUGCAUCAGAAGAAGAUGAGCAUCUGGAGGAGGCAGAGGAGGAGGAAAAGAAGAAGAGAGAAUUAAAGGAAAAAUCUGGUUUAUCUUCAUCUGAAAGUGGGGAAUCAGGAUCCAGUUCGAGUUCUGAAAGCAGAAGUGGCUCCGAUUCAGACUCUGAAUCAACAUCUAGAACAGACCAGGAUUACAUUGAUGGAGACCAUGACUACAGCAAAGUUGUGCAAUCUAAAAAACCCAAAAGAAAAAUCAAAAGAAAAAUCACCAGUGGGAAACGGAAUUGGCAGGGCAGAGGGACAGGGAGGAGAGACGAUGAGUUUGAAAAUCUGUUUGGAGGACAAUUUGGUGAAAACAUGUUUGGAGGGCGAUUCGGCAGACCACCUCGAAUCAAAACCAGGAACGAGGGCAGGAGAACUGUCUUGUACAACGACGAUUCUGAUAAUGACAAUUUUGUGCACACCGAGGAUCCUUUGAACCUUGGUACUUCCAG